UCAGCCAGCAUGAGGCCACUCACUGCCGGCCCCCAGCCCGCCCCACCCCCAGCCAGGCGGAGACGCGGCAGUUCAGGUGCCCGGCCUGUGGGAAGGGCUUCAAAUACAAACACCACCUGAAAGAGCAUGAACGAAUCCACAGCGGCGAGAAGCCCUACGAAUGUGCCACCUGCCAGAAACGCUUCUCCCAUUCCGGCUCCUACAGCUCCCACCUCAGCUCCCGCCGCUGCCUGCCCCCUGCCCCCCUGGCCCCAUGGGAGAGCCGCCCGUGUGCUGCCAGGCUCCGGGGGGGCAGCACUGGGGGCUGUGGGGCCUACGGCAGAGACCUCCGCUCCCCGCACAGCCCUGGCCCAGCCUGGCCCCUUCUGGGCCCCCCUGACCUGAGAAUGGAGGGACCCAGAGAUGCCAAUGUGCCAGGGCCUGGCCCUGACCGGGGCCCCCCCGAACCCCCCACCAUGGAGCAGCCCUUGGACCUGUCUCUGCCCAAGCCAGGCAAGGAGCCAGAGCCCCUCUACCUGCCCACCUCCCUCUGCCCCGUCUUCCCAGCCUUCCUGCCCAGCACCCUCAGCCAUCUCCUCCCGCACGGGGCCCCUUGGCUGCACGGGAACCCGGACCUGCCGGCCCCCCAGUUCCUGCCCUUUUUGUUGUGGCCGUACGGGGCGGAGUCAGAGCCAGCACUGCCCACGGGCCACUGGGAGCAACAUGGGCCUCCGGGAGCUGGCGGGGCCGGGUGGCACCCCCUGCAGGCGGGCAGGGAGCCGGGGGCUGGCCGGAGGCGGUUACGCAGGACCCCCGACGGGCUGUAUCUCUGCGAACUCUGCCCCAAAACCUUCCGGAAGAGCAGCUCCCUCCUGCGGCACCAGUACGAGCACACGGGGAGGCGCCCGCACCGCUGCCCGCUCUGCCCCAAGGCCUUCAAGCACAAGCACCACCUGGCGGAACACGCCCGGCUGCAUUCGGGGGAGCGCCCGUUCCGGUGCGCCCACUGCGCCCGCCGCUUCGCCCACUCCGGCUCCUACUCGCAGCACGUCAACCACCGGCAGGGCUGCUGCCGGGCCCGGGGCGCCCCCGCCCCCCGUGGGGAGACCCCCACCCCCAGCCACACGCCCCAGGGGGAGAGCCCUGCCCCCCAUGGGGAGAGCCCUGCCCCCCACAGGGAGAUCCUGGCCCCCGCCUCCCAUGGGGAGACCCCCACCCUCAGCCACACACCCCAGGGGGAGAGCCCUGCCCCCCGCGGGGAGAUCCUGGCCCCCGCCUCCCAUGGGGAGACCCCCGCCCCCAGCCACACGCCCCAGGGGGAGAGCCCUGCCCCCCAUGGGGAGAGCCCUGCCCCCCACAGGGAGAUCCUGGCCCCCGCCUCCCAUGGGGAGACCCCCACCCUCAGCCACACACCCCAGGGGGAGAGCCCUGCCCCCCGCGGGGAGAUCCUGGCCCCCGCCUCCCAUGGGGAGACCCCUGCCCCCCACAGGGAGAGCCCUGCCCCCCGCAGGGAGAUCCUGGCCCCCGCCUCCCAUGGGGAGACCCCCACCCUCAGCCACACACCCCAGGGGGAGAGCCCUGCCCCCCGCAGGGAGAUCCUGGCCCCCGCCUCCCAUGGGGAGACCCCCGCCCCCAGCCACACGCCCCAGGGGGAGAGCCCUGCCCCCCACAGGGAGAUCCUGGCCCCCGCCUCCCAUGGGGAGACCCCCACCCUCAGCCACACACCCCAGGGGAAGACUCCUGCCCCCCAUGGGGAGACCCCCACCCUCAGCCACGCCCACCACAGGGAGACUCCUGCCCCCCAAGGGGGAAAUCCUGGCUCCCUGUCACCAGGGCGACACCGCAGCCCCCAUCCCUCCCAGGGAGAUCCUGGCCCCCACCCACUGUCACCAGGGUGA